AUGGCAUCGAGCACGGAAACCACGAGCAAAAAAGCAACAGCGGCAGGAACUUCAGCAGGAAAGACGCAGGGGCAGAAAGUGGCACCGUUGAUGAGCUCUGCUGCACUCCAGGGGCAAGUGGUCGUCGAGGUCGGCGAAAAGGGAAGGAGAUAUUCCCUGCACAAAGCUUUCCUUUGCCACUACUCCGAGUACUUCCGCAAAGCUCUGAACGGACCGUGGAAGGAGGCCGAGGACGGCGUCGUCCCGCUCAAGGAUAUCGAGCCUGGCGUCUUCAAUGUCUUCGUCAAUUGGAUGUACACCCAGAAGCUGCCCGGCAAUUGUGAAGAGUGGUGCCAAGUUGGGGAGCUAGGCGAAGCGUGGGAUUUCGCCUCGGAAAUCGCGCUGAUACUGAAAGCAUACAAUUUCGGCGAUCGAUUCCUAGCAACGGCAUUCAAGCGCGCAGCCAACGUCGCUAUUGUCGGCAUCCUACAUGGCUGCGCGCCGUUCUACGAAGUGGUAAUCUUUGCCUUCAAGAAUCUUCCGGCACACAGUCCCAUCCUCCAGUUGUUGGUCGACGCCCAGUGCCGCCACUGGUCGGAAUGCCUCGAUGAUACCGAAGAAGUGGAGCUUCAGAAGCAGCUCCCAUACGAUUUCUUGCUCCGGGUUAUGAAGAGAUACAGCGAGAAGGUUUACGGCGAUACGGCAUGGUUCGAGGAGCCUCUGGCCCGCUGUCUGUACCACGAGCAUGCCUCCGACGAAGAGCGGAAGGAGUGCCAGAAGAAGUAAGGGCUUCCGGAGGAAGUCGAAGAUAGCGAUGAAGACUGAACGAACCAUGGCGGAAGAGAGGAGUUUGCGCUG